AUGGAGGGCAUCAUAUCUUUCGACAAGUUUUAUAACAUUGUCAACAAUUCGAGGGUGCUAGGUGAUAAGACAUAUCAUGGGAUCGAUCCAAGCACAGGAAAAACUCUUUGGGAGACUCCGGUAGCUACCGAGGAUGAUCUCGACAAAGCUGUAGCAGCCGCCAAUAGCGCUUUCAAGAAAUGGUCUUCGCUACAGCAGCACGAAAGAUCCCGGUUCAUGAGGGAUCUCGCUGAUGGCCUAGAGAAGCACAAGGAUGCGCUGACUGAAUUACUCGGUAAGGAGAGUGGUAAAUCGGUAUCCUUUGCGGAGUCGGAAGUUGUAAUGGGUAUCAAUACUAUGAGACGGCAUGCGGAUUGGUCAGUUCCCGACCAGCUCUUGAAAGAUACAGAGGACGUACGAAUCGUUGUCCAACAUGUACCUAUUGGCGUAGUUGCAGGAAUUACGCCGUGGAACUACCCCUUCCAGUUGGCCAUUCUGAAGGUGGCUCCGGCGCUAGCAACUGGUUGCACAGUCAUACUGAAACCUUCCCCUUUCACGCCUUAUACAUCCCUCAAGAUAGCCGAAAUCGCAGCUGAGGUUCUCCCGCCUGGCGUGGUACAGGCUCUAGGGGGUGAUGAUAACCUCGGCCCUUGGAUGACGAAACAUCCUGGAAUCCACAAGAUUUCGUUUACUGGGUCUACAGCUACCGGCAAGAAGAUUAUGGCUGUGGCAUCCGAAACAUUGAAAAGGGUUAACUUAGAGCUGGGUGGCAAUGAUGCAGCGGUAGUAACCGAGAACUUUGACGUCCAUGAGGCGGCACAGUUAGUAGCAAUGGCGACAUUUGCGCAUUCCGGUCAAAUCUGCAUGGCUACAAAGCGGAUUUACGUCCACGAGUCUGUCUACGAAGAGUUUAUGAAGCAUCUUGUAGAGAUUGUAAAAGGUUAUAAACCAGGCGAGGGAUUCUGCAGCCCAAUCCAGAACAAGAUGCAGUUCGAAAAAGUCAAGUCGAUCUACAACGAGUGCGAAGAGCAGGGGUUCAACUUUGCCGUUGGUGGCGGUAGCAAAGUGUCCGUGGACGACAACAGACCGGGGUAUUUCAUCGCACCGGCAAUCGUCACCAAUCCACCGGAAAAGUCGCGCAUCGUGCAGGAAGAGCCCUUUGGACCUAUUGUCCCGGUGCUAACCUGGCGCGACGAUAAAGAGGUGAUAGAACGCGUAAACGACACUCCCACGGGUCUAGGGGCCACGAUCUACUGCCGCGACGAGAAGCGUGCUUGGCAAAUUUCUGAAAGUCUUGAGACGGGAAGCGUCUGGGUCAAUAGCGGAUUGAAACUAGACCCUGUUGCGCUAUUCGGAGCGCACAAGCAGAGCGGUAUUGGCGGCGAGCUGGGGCCUCUCGGAUUGAAAUACUACACGAAUACGCGGACAAUCACGUACUGGAAGGAUGCGCCGAAGGGACCACAGGCAAAUGGCAACAAGGGCUUAUUUGCGUGA